AAUUGAAAUGUCUGCGAUAAGAAGAGGAGGCGUUACAGACUCUGGUCCAGAUUGUCUCUGCGACCAAGCGGGGAGGACGACGUCGCCGCCGCAGGGAAACAUCGAAAACAUCUCUUUCCUGUUGGAGGGAGGGCCGCACACCUGCUGCCAAGUGCAAAUGGCCAACAUACUUCCCCAAACUGGACGCCUUGUCUGAUGUUCGCGGGGAAUUGAGACCAGCCGUGAAUGAGACCUCCUUGUCGUAAAUGAGACCUCCUUGCCGUGAAUGAGACCUCCUUGCCGUGAAUGAGACCUCCUUCCCGUCGUGCAGCGGAACUUUGGCUCACCAGUUGUGUUUCCCCCCCAGUGGGGGUCUUGAAUUGCAGCCUGCGAACAUGGACGACGACCACCCAGCUCCAGCCAGAGUCAAGGCUCCGACUCUGAACACAUGCCAGUUGUGUUGGACUGAUCAGGACCUCAGAGACCGUAGGCCGGCACCUGACGACCUUUCGGGGCAGGAAGGAGAUGAGCUGAGCAACAUCCGACGCAGGAAAAAGGAACUGCUGGAUGAUAUUGAACGGCUGAAGUUGGAGAUAGCCGAGGUCAUGACGGAGAUCGAGCAGCUGACCUGCGUGGGGGAAAGUAAAAGCACACAAAGAAUCAAACAGAUCGCCAUGGGGAGGAAGAAGUUCAACAUGGACCCCAAAAAGGGGAUCCAGUUCCUGCUGGAGAAGGACCUUCUGCAAAACACCCCAGAGGACAUCUCCCAGUUCCUCUACAAAGGAGAGGGCCUGAACAAGACAGUGAUCGGGGACUACUUAGGGGAACGGGAUGACUUCAACAUCAAAGUUCUCCAGGCCUUCGUGGAGCUGCACGAGUUCGCCGAUCUCAACCUCGUACAAGCCUUGAGGCAGUUCUUGUGGAGCUUCAGACUUCCUGGUGAAGCUCAGAAGAUCGAUCGGAUGAUGGAGGCCUUUGCUUCCAGGUACUGCCAAUGCAAUCCUGGCGUUUUCCAGUCCACAGACACCUGCUACGUGCUGUCCUUCGCCGUCAUCAUGCUGAACACCAGCCUGCACAACCCCAACGUGCGAGACAAGCCCCCCGUGGAGCGUUUCAUCUCCAUGAACCGAGGCAUCAACGAGGGCGGGGACCUCCCGGAGGAGCUACUCAGGAAUCUCUACGACAGCAUCAAGAGUGAACCCUUUAAGAUCCCGGAGGAUGACGGCAACGACCUGACGCACACCUUCUUCAACCCGGACAGGGAGGGCUGGCUGCUGAAAUUAGGAGGCAGAGUGAAAACCUGGAAGAGGCGAUGGUUCAUCCUGACUGACAACUUUGAAUACACUACGGACAAAGAGCCUCGUGGGAUUAUUCCCCUGGAGAACCUCAGCAUCCGAGAGGUGGAGGAGCCCAGGAAAGCCAACUGCUUCGAGCUCUACAACCCAAACCACAAGGGCCAGCUCAUCAAAGCCUGCAAGACGGAGGCGGACGGCCGCGUGGUGGAGGGCAACCACCUGGUCUACAGGAUAUCAGCGCCCACGCCGGAGGAGAAGGAGGAGUGGAUGAAGUCCAUCAAGGCCAGCAUCAGCAGAGACCCCUUCUACCACAUGCUCGCCACCAGGAAGCGACGCAUCGCCAACAAGAAGUGAACGCCGGCUCGCCCGUGACCGCAUCAAGCUGCCCCGCGCGCCCCAAACCACGGAUGACACUCACAAAAAAAAGUACACUUCCUACUGUGGAGGUCAGCAUGUGUGUGGACUUCUCCUGCACGCUACUCACCUGUUUCAGGUGCACGUGUGCGUGUGCGUGUGUGUGUGUGUGUGUGUGUGUGUGUGUGUGUGUGUGUGCGUGUGUGUGCGUGUGUGUGCGUGUGUGUGCGUGUGUGUGCGUGUGUGUGCGUGUGCGUGCGCGUGUGCGUGUGCGUGUGUGUGUGUGUGUGCGUGUGCGUGCGCGUGCGCGUGCGCGUGCGCGUGCGUGUGCGUGUGCGUGUGUGUGUGCGUGCGUGUGUGUGUCAGAGAGAAAGAGCACAUCUCUGCCAGGUGUCAUCAGGGACGUUGGACUGUGCAGCUUUUUAGAUUCUUUCCAAAGAAAUAAGUCAGCUGGACUGAUUCUAUUAUCUUUUAGCAGCUGUGCGUACUUUUAUUUUCAAUUAAUAUUUGAGUUGACUGAUGAACAAUGUGUUGGUUAAAUAUAUUUUUUUUUUUUUUUUUUUGAAAGAGUGAUUCCUGCCAAGGGUUAUCAGGGCCACAAAUAAAAGAAAAAUGCAAAAUGACAUAAUUUACCAGAAAAAAAAGUCAAAGCAUUAGGCGGAAAAAAAACAUGCUAUUUUGUAAAAAUGACCAAAAAAAAAAGUACUAAUUUUACUUGAAAUAAAUCUUAUUUGAAAUAAAAAUGAAUAUAAAUACA